AUGGAACUGGCCGCUUCAGCUUCGGUGUCCGUCUGCUCGGCGUACCACCACCUCUCAACGCCGGCUGAGGCCAACGACGACAGCACGCGGUCCCAACCGCAGCUGCAGCGCCGGAGGAAACAGGCCGCUGGCAGUGGCAUCGGUGGGCUCCGGUCCCGGUGCCAUGCUGUUCUGAAGCAGCAGAGGACGAGGCUGUACAUCCUCCGGCGGGAUUCAGAAGGAUAUGAAUUUUGUAGGAAAAUUCCUUUGAACCCUUUGAUUCAUGGGAAUGGAUUCCUAGGAUAG